AGCACUGGCCACCAGUUUCCUUGAAGUGGUCGCCGUGUUAACACUGAAGACUGAGCCCGUUGUGUUCACUGCCAUUGUGUUCAGACUGACUAGUGAUAAUUUAGAUUCUUCUUGAGCGGAUUGCGGAUCGUGUGGCCACCAGAGAACUCCAUCAAACUACCUGCCUAGAUUUGGGAAAGUCGAGAAAGGCCCCAUCAACUACUGAAAUAAUGUUCCUCCUCGCGGCCUUUUGUCUGUCCCUGGCGGCAAUGGGCUGUCAGGCCAGGCCUCUGGAGCCGACGGCCCAGCACAUCGUGAUUGUGACUCCGCAGGCGCAGGUUCACCUGGAACCCGCUCUCCGCUAUGUCCACGGACUGUCGCCACUGGCCCGCGUGGCCACUCCGCACCACCAUGAGGAGACGAUUGUGUAUGUGCCUGCUGGAACUGCUGCCCAGGUGGUGCCGGUCGUAGAUGCCGUGGGAUCUGGCCGUGCUGGCGGUGCUCCGGAGACCAAGCAGUGGGAGAACACGGGCGAGAUUGCCAACCAGAUCCAGCAGGUGUCCCAGCAGGGCGUCGAGAUCGUGAGUGGCCAGUUGAGCGAGGCGGCAGCAUCCGCAGCCUCCGCCGGAGCGGGCUUCUUCCCCUCGCUGUUCCCACCAAGUGGGUCCAAGAAGGAGGAGCAGUUGCAGGGCUUGAAGACCGAGAAAAUUGAGCUGAUCGAAACGCCAGCCAAUACUCAGCCAUUGAUUGCCACCGAGGCCAGGCACUUCUACCGUCUGCCCCAGGUCUAUCACACUCCGGUGGUUGAUGUGGUGCAUGGUCCCCUCUACACCUGGCCCAUCUCCACCAUCCGAGCACGCAGCAUCCAGCAGGAACCCGAACCGGCGUUGGCAUCUGCCGAAACUGCUCUAAAGCAGACUCUGAAGGCUGAACCACAGGCUGAGAUCAAGUCGGAACCGCUGGCUGAGAUCAAGCCGGAACCGCUGGCUGAGAUCAAGCCGGAACCACAGGCCUUGUUGAAGGAACAGCCCCUGCUGAAGGAACAGCCCCUGGUAAAGGAACAGCCACUGUUGAAGGAACAACCCGUGCUAAAGGAACAACCCCUGUUGAAGGAACAGCCCGUGGUAAAGGAACAGUCCCUGUUGAAGGAACAGCCCCUGCUAAAGGAACAGGUUUUUGAACAGGCUGCUCAGGACUUGAAGCCCACUAUUCCUGAUGCUAAGGAGCAGAAGAACGGCCGUCAGCUGGAACAGAAAACUAUAGGGAUUGCAGAGGAGAUAUUGAAGCAACAACCCGCCGAAAUUGAGCAGCAGAAGGAGCUGAUCAAGACCAUUCAGACCGAGCUGGUGAAGAAGCCCAUCCAGGCGGAUCCACAGACCAAGAUUCUUCCCGCCGAGGCCAUCCAGACUGAGCAGCCGAAGCAGCAGGAGAUCAUCGCCGAUGCCAUUGUGCCGCAGGCUUAGAGGCUCGGCUGGAACCAGAACUCAUCUUUGAAUCUCAUUCAUCCCUUGGGCAGCUUUGGUUCUACGACUGAUUCUCAUAGCUGGCCCGGCGCAAUGUCGACCGGGUCAUGGGGUUCCCCCUCAUCCACCAUCCAUCCACCCACCAAUCGUACAUAUAAUUACUAACAUACAACACACGCAUCCGCAACAUUUUCCAUUUUCCAGACAUUAAUUAACAGCAGCGAAACGAGAAAGAGACAUUCAUUCAUAAUUAUCAUCACGAAAAGUUCGUAUUCAUCAUCAUCAUUACAUAUUCAUUAACCAUAACAUUGAAAACGUAAAACAGAACAAUAAAAAAGUGAAUGUAAAA